CAUUGCGGUGGAUCGAUUGAAACCGUUCCUAUCUCGAUCGGGUCCUCUCCAAAACGACGAAAGACUCGAGAUAUAUCUGGCCGGCGGCGGUGCGCUCCAAUCCCGCAAUCCCUCAUGAAAAAACUCUCCAAUGACAGGAUCAGCGCGCUCCCUGACGACGUCCUCCUCACCACCCUCCAAUUCGUCGACCUGCGCACGGCCGUCAGCACCGGCGCCCUCGCGAGACGAUGGAGGCACCUCCCUCGUCUGCUUUCCAGCCUCGCCAUCGAUGUGGCCACCUUGGUACCCCAUCCCAAGGGUUUCUCCCCACCCCAUCACACGGUGGACUGUAUAAUGAAGAGCUACACUGAUUCCGCGAGGUGGUUUCUGGCUGAAGAACGGAGCAUCAAGAGCCUGUGCCUAGCCUUCUACCUGAUCGACCCUUACCUGCUCACCAUCGGCGACGCCGUUCUCAAGAGCCUGUGCCGAGCGUCUCGAGUUCACCAUCCGGACGGAGCUGCCUGCUGCCAUGGUCAACUACGAGCAGCGUGCUCUACUCGGUCGACGCUUCAUGUCAUUCCUUGGUGCUUGUCCUGUGGUUUUCAGCUGGGUAACCAGCCUCACCCUGCAGAAUCUGCGAUUCACUGCCUCAGACUUCCUGGCCCUCCUCCACACCUGCAGCCGACUCCAGCUCCUUUCCUUGGCCCACUGUGGCUCUCGCACCGACUCGAUCCUAUCGGUAGACGCUCCCGACUCUUCACUUCUUGCUCUGGAAAUUCGUGCUUGCUUCUACCACACAGUCGACCUGAUCAGGGUUCCAAAACUUGAGCGGCUUCUUUGUGACCUCGAUAAUAUGGCCGGGAGCUUUCCCACCCUGCGGUUUGGCUAUGUUCCUUGUCUUCAUGACAUCAAACUCUCGAUCAUACAUCUGUCUCACUACUACCAAAAUCCAAGACAACUCUCACCCGCAUUUAAUAACCUGAGAGAUAUUUAUCUUGGACGUUUGGGUAUGUUUGGAAUGCCAUGGACUAUUUUUGUCCUAGAAGCCGCGCCUCUCCUCAAGAAGCUCUCUAUGGAGGUACGUGGUACUAUCUUCUCUUCGCUAAAAUUUUGGACACCCGCAAA